AUGGCUUCACCCACUGGCGAUAUGUCUGUGGAUGAAGGCAUUGAGAACAUUCAUCGUUUGGUUGAGGAUGUCAUCGAGGCCUCCAAGCUACCAGCCAAACGGCGAGCUACCAGCAUUAAGCCUACCGUCGAGACAAUCGCCACCUUCGCCUAUGACAAAGGGCUGUUGCCCGAGCCCCUGAGCGAACUCAUCGACCUGCUGACACGGCCCAGCCACCUUGACCAGGCAAGCCUGAACGCAUUGGUGAAGAAUCUGUUUCCCGCGACUCGCCUGUCCAGGCAUGUCAUUUUGAGGGUAGUUGGGUGCCUGGGGCACGGUGAGCUGAAGCCGUCACUGGCCCUGCAAUCCAACAUCCUCAAAUGGUUGAUCAUGGCUUAUCAUGUUAUCGAGAAGCCGGUUGUCUUGUCGCAAGCAUACGCUGUACUGUUCAAUCUGCUCGACACGGCUGCUAUUCGGCCGCAACUGUGUCAUUUGCUUGCCCUGAUAACGCGCCGGAAACACGUCCGGCCCUUCAGGAUUCAAGCAUUACUAAAUCUCUCCAGGAACACGGGCAAUGAUCCAGCCUUGACAGGGCUCCUGCGGGUCUACAAAGAUUACUAUCCCGAAAUCAUUGUCAGCGAUGCACUGCGAGGCAGGGCAUCGGUCUUCAAGCAUCCCGAUACGGAAUGGAGGGAGAGGCUUGACCAGAUCCAAAGAGAUCACUCGCAGCGUGCUGCUGAGGCUGCCGGCCAACCUCGAAAUGGCUUCAGUGUCAACCACCUGGCUCUGAAGGUGCGGGGAGGCAAGGCAUAUAAUCUUCCGUCCGUCCAUACUUCAGAGGCUACCGAGAACUCUGUCACGUUGGAAGAGAUUGAUAGUGCCGAUCGCUUUGCCCAGUCAAUCGAAAAGAUCGAGCUUCCUAAUCAGCUUGCGGCUGUGUUGGCGGAUCCCCUGCUUCAAAAGUUCAUCGCUUUGAAGAACGAUCAUGCAGCUUCGAAACGUGUGGUCCAUUGGAUCGACGCUGUUCUUGAGGACGUCCUCAAUGGCAACGCCGACGAGAAGCUGUUCAGGGAAACAAUGGAGGUUCUUGCGGACUACGUUUCGCGCGUCAAGGAAACCCCAUUUGUCCUCCUGAGCUUCUUCGCCAAACUUUUUACGACAUGGAACGGCGUGGACGCCCGGGACCCUAUCAUGAGCAUUCUUCACUACGCGCCGCUGGUCGCGUUUAAAGAAUUGUACGAUUUCGUCCUCAAGCCCCUGGAAAAAUGCCUCCCUCCCACGCCCGACUCUCAGGUGGCUCUUCUCAGAUUCUACCAGAACUUGAUCCGCCGCUGGACUUUUGUCCUGAGAUCUAUCGAUCAGAUACCCAAGGAUACGCCCGUCAGUGCCUAUCAUGAUGUCAUGGAGCACGCAAGUAUCGUUGCCCUCAGCCUUGUCCAGGCCUCCCCAAGCGUCGCUGUUCACGGCAGUGUGCUCGACCUCUACGAACAAGCCGCCGCCAGCAUUUCAGACCCAACCCUCCAACCCCUACUCCGCAUCGCGAACCCGCCGGCCCAGCUCAUCUACCUCCUCUUCUUUAGCCACUCUCUCGCUAAUGUCUCACGCCUUUGCGCCGUUCUAGCCACGUAUAAGAAGGGCUUCGAAACGGCCAUGUCUAGGCGGCAGCCGACGAUAUACGCCCCGAGCUACGUGAACCACUUCAACGGUUUCCUCAUGGACAUCUGCAACUGCCUCUGGCGUGGCAAGGCCUUCAAUGACGGCGACAAGAAUGCGCUGGGUUGUCUCAAUGCUCGCCCGGUCACCCUGCGCCUGCAGAGAUAUGUCGAGGACCUGGGCAUGGAUCUCGCGCUAUCCACGCUGUUUGGGUUCUCGUACUCGCCGUUGCUGAGCUUCCAGGCCAUCGAGUGCAUACGCGAACUCGAAGACCGUGAACAAGCCGCGAACGAGGACGCCAUCUCUGCGCGGCACGCAGGGCCCGUUACUGCCAACAGUCUGGCGAGGCUGGCCGAAGCGCGAGGCCUGCGCAUUACGUGGUCUGAGUAUAGAAUAAUCGUACUGCGGGCGCUGGAGAGCAAGGGGUUAGGCGGCAUUCCGGCGUUGAUGAAGAAUACUAUGAAGGUCCUCAUGAGCUCGAAGAACGUUGCGUAA